CAAAGUUAAUGGAAAAGAUGACUGAUCUAAAAAGUCGCAAGGAGUUCUACAAAGAUCUCACCGUGGAGCUGGUGAUCAUGGCGGGGACGGUCAUGCUGGCAUAUUACUUCGAGUACACGGACACGUUCAACGUGCACGUGCAGGGCUUCUUCUGCUACGAGACCGCUUACACAAAACCCUACCUCGGACCCGAGGACACGAGCGCCAUCCCGCCCGCCCUGCUGUACGCGGUGGUCACCGGAGUCCCCACGCUGCUGCUGAAGACGAAGCCUUUGAUGUUAGAUCACACCAGGCACUGCCCCAAUACUGAAUGCCUUCAUUAUGUUUUCUUCUCCAUAGGUGUAUACAUGUUUGGCCUUUUCACUACAGACAUCUUCGUGAACGCUGGUCAGGUGGUAACGGGAAACCUGGCCCCUCAUUUCCUGACAGUGUGUAAACCCAACUAUACAGCUCUGGGUUGCCAGCAAGCUCUUCGCUACAUCAGCCAUCAGGAAGCCUGCACCGGCAACGAGGACGACAUCCUACAAGCCCGCAAAACCUUCCCUUCCAAAGAGGCGGCGCUCAGUGUGUACGCCGCUGUCUAUAUGGCUAUGUACAUCACAUUUACAGUGAAAGCCAAAGGAACUCGUCUGGCUAAACCAGUCAUGUCUUUGGGUCUGAUGUGCCUGGCUUUCCUUACGGGUAUUAACAGGGUGGCAGAGUAUCGUAAUCACUGGUCUGACGUCAUCGCUGGCUUUAUCAUCGGUGUGGCCAUCGCCACCUUUCUAGUGGUGUGUGUGGUCCAUAACUUCAAAGGCAAACAACUGCUGAACGAGGAUCCCCCACAGGACCACCUAAGCAACAAUCCGAUGGUCAGCUCGCCCAGGGUUGAGAGUCCGCUGGAGAAGUACAUCGCUUCACAGAAUCACAUCGCCUUCGCUGAGAUCACGUGACCUUGAUUCGCCGGUGUGGCAGACACAUUGGACAUCCACGCUGUUUACCGUCCAGUCCCGAUAGUCCCGGCUCAACGCUAACGCAGUGGUCAUAUUCUCUAUGGUGUCGUUUUGGAUCGCUCUGCCCUUGCUUUGUGUGUGUGGAAAUAUUGGUCCUAUCAACUAAUAACUGUUACCAUCACGCAACUAAUGACUGAAGCAGCACUUCACAUUUCCCUGACCGGUUCUGUUGGCUUUCUUGCAGACCGAGCUCUCAUCUAGAGCUCAGAAUAUCUCCGCUGCUCGCAUAUGUGGAGAGCGUAUAUGUGUCUGUGUUUGCGUUUGAAAGGUUUAUGGCAGGUUGAUGCAAAUACCUGCGCUUGGAAUUCAAAAUGGACUUAUCUUGUAGUUGUGGAAAUUUUCGGUGUCGUAUAUUCCAGAAAAUGUUUAUUCCUAUAUAAUUUUUUCUCGUUUAGUGCUUGCAUUGGAUGAGUGCAAACAGUUGGAAGCAUAUUUCUGCCUCAGAGUUUAAAAAAAAGAAGGUAAUUGGGAGUUUAUUUCUUGAAAAUGUGAUUUCUCAAA